UAAUGCUAUCCCUCCAGCCGCAACCGCAUGUUCUGGUCAGCGAGAGUGCCAAUACCAUCAACCAGACCAGGAAUCCAAUGAACUUCUUUCGAGUCAACCAGUUCUGCUUUCGCAAGUCGCCAGUCUACCAUUAACACAGUCGAUUCCGGUCAGAUCCAACGAUCUUCCGAACCCAAAAAGCUGCUGUGAAACCCACCGUGUGUUAAACGCGCGCGUUUCCGGUUACUGAUAACUUCCCCUAUCGAUCAAACGACAGUGUUCCAAAGGGUGAAUUCUGUUAGAUUCGGGACAGGAAAGUGAAGUGUUUAACUAUAUCUCGAAUGAAACGGAUAUUUACAUGAAUACAUAAAAGCGCAGCUUUAUCAACAACUUCUAAGCGUCACUGCGAUCAUGGUGGUGGAUUAUGGCUCCCAUCCAUAUGCCACUUCCAGUAUGAGUUUGGAGACCUCUUCGGAAAGUUGUGGGAGCCGAACGAGUAGAGUUAGGACAAUAAGGCUAGUACGCCCAAGUCAUGGAACCCUACCUCCGCCCAGCUUCACUUGCAGACAUGGACCUAGUCUUGGUUUCAGUCUAAGGGGUGGAAGAGAACAUGGGACAGGGUUCUUCGUCUCCUACGUGGAGCCAGCUUCGGAAGCACAUAGGCAAGGAUUAAAGGUCGGAGACCAGAUUAUCAGAGUUAAUGGUUUCACGGUAGAAGAUGCAGUCCACAAAGAGGUUCUUCAGCUGAUCUCGAAUCACACACAUCUGACCUUGAAAGUGAGAAGAGUGAGCAUGAUUCCUGUUAAAGAAAAAAAAUCGGAUGCACUUAGUUGGCAGAUUAUAACAGAUACCAGCUCAAUGAGGCUAUCACCUUUCCUUGAGAAAAUGCACGAUGUGAGGAUGACAAUAGCAGUAUCGCCUAGAUCAAAACUAGGAUGUGGUAUAUGUAAAGGACCCGAAUGGAAACCUGGAAUCUUUGUUCAAUUCACCAAAGAAGGAGGAAUAGCAAGGGAAGCGGGGCUGAGACCUGGUGACCAAAUUCUUGUCUGCAAUAAUGUGGAUUUUAGUGAUAUACCAUUCAAUGAGGCUGUCAACUUAAUGAAAAUGUCCAGGCAGCUGGACCUAAUUGUUCGAAAAGGAGCUGGUUCAGAACUUUUCCCAGGAGAAUCAAGCGGUUACAACAGCUCUGCCAGCUCAGUUACAGGUGACCAAAGCCCGUCAUGGUCCGAUUCCAAACGCUUAUCCAUCGUCAAAGAAGAAAACUUCGACUUGGAAGACCGUCUAGACCGCUUGAAGUGCACUUCUCAAUGGAACAACAUAGAAUGGGAUGAUUUGGAAGAACAAGAAAAGCCAUACUUCAAGCCAACCAUCAUAAAUCUGACCGAAAAUGCAACGAUAAUAAGUAACAACGGCAGUGAUGAGUGUCAGGUAAUAGAAAAUGAUUACGGCACUAUUGGCAGGCAAAAGCAGGAGUUGAUACCUCAUGGGCAUGACGCACAAAGAACUAAAACUGUAGUGGUUGACGUUCAUAGAAGUGAUGUAGAAGAUUCCAGUUAUGGUUCGGAAAAUGGUUUGGCUAGUUCCAGCAAUAGUGUUUUCAGUUUUGGAGAAGCUGGUAGUAGAAAUAGUUUAGCUUCUUGCAGUUUGUCUAGUGCUUUGUCGAUGGAGAUACAGAGGCGGAAUGAGAAGAAAAAAUUGGAGAGUAAACCUUCCAUCGACGAGCAAUUGCAGAUGAAGAAGAUUGUAGAUGUAUUCAGUCCAGAUAAGCAGAGUCAACAUUGCAAACUGAUGGACGAAUUCAAGAAAGCCCAUAAAAAAAUGUUCAAAUCAUCAGAUGAAAUGACUGAUGACUACGAAGACUGUUUAGUGGAUAGAAAUGCCAGUACUGAAAUUUCCCAGAAACUCACAGAAAGGAUUUCGAAUUUACAAGAUGGUAACCAACGGGAACAAAAGUCGACGUUGAGUAGACAGACCAGCUCCAAUUCGAUAUCAAGCUCACCUCCUCCACCACCACCGUUACCAAUACCCGAAUCACCAUCAACAGCGCCAGCAACCAAUGGCACAUCUUGCAAUACCCUGAAAUCGAAUAAAGUUCAGAAGCCCCGAGCUCCACCAGUACCAGAAAAACGCUCAACCCUAUCAUUCAACCAACCCCCACCAUGCCCGACACCAGAUUACGACACCCUAAGCAUCGCCUCCUCAGCUUCCAUCCAGAAACACAACGAGCCAUACAGAAAUGGACACGCGGAUAACGUAGAGAUGGAAUCCUUGCAGUCCUUCGAACUGUAUAGUCACACAGGAAACAAACCGAAACCACCGGAUAUAUACUUUUCCAACACCACCUCUGCGAAUGGCUCCAUAUCUUCUGGCACUUCUACCUUGCGAAAGCAGAGGCCAGUAAGUGUAACCAUAGGGGAAUAUGGAAACGGUACCAUGAGAAAGCCGGGAAAAUUGAACUUCCUGCAGAAUGGCAAAGAUGAGGUUGAUGAGCGUAGACGUCAAACUAUCACUAGUCAAUUCGCAACUGAACUUGCUCAAACUCUGAACAGAUCGAAUCUCAAGAGAAGAACAGAGUCUAUGGAAAACUUGCUCAACUAUCCCCAACAAAAACCGCUGAAUAACGGCUGUGUAAAAGUUUCCCUGAAUAACUUGUCGAAAAACGUCGUUAAAUCAACCAACGACUUGACCAGUUCGAGGGAAAACAUAACCGAAACGUUCUCGAACAGAGUUACCAUAAAUAUCAACAAUUCAAUAGAGAAGAAAAACGAUAAUAAGAACGGAAUUUUGAAAAAUUCUACCGUCGACAACGUACCAGAACACAAACCGUUGGCGGCGCAGAAAAGUAUUACUUUUCGGGAACUACCAAUUGUGAUAAAUGAAAAAGCAUCACAGGUGACCACGUGAUGGAACACAGAUUUAUCCGCCAAAAGAAAUAGAGACAACGAAGGAGGUGACCUUGAUGAAAGCUUGUGCUUUGUAAUUUUCGAUUUCCCAUGGGGCCCGACUGAAAUGUGCCUAUUAUAUUGUGAUAAGUACAAUAUUUCUGCAAUAUUAUAUUUACUUAUAUUUUUACAUUAUAUCAUAGUUUGUAUGUAUAUCAUCAUGUUCUGUCAAUUUGAAAGUGUCAACAUGUGUAUUUUACCUUUGCAUAUCACGAAAUAAACUUUGAAGUGAUA